GUCCCUGAAGGCAUCACAAGGUAAAAACGGCAGGAAUGUUCCCUUGUGGUUGACUUAACCUUAUCCUGGAGGAAAACAGAGGAUUGGUACCAAUGAAUGGAUACAUCGAUUUACGGUCAUGCAUGCAGUUGGGCCUCUAGCCUGCGCUUUGUACACCACAAGCUCCUGACCCAGUGUGUUCCCAGUAGGUGGAGGCUCUUCCUCCUAUUAGCCUCUGUUUCUCCCCACUGACCCCAUCCAACCCAGAAUUCCCUAUGCUAACCCUCUUGAGCAUGUUUUACUAUAUCUGUCUGCGACGACGCUCCAGGAGUGGAACUCGAGGUGAGGCUCUGACCAGUCGGCGGGCUGUGGAGUCUGGUCAGCGUGCGGUGUUGCCAGUGAGUGUGGAGGUGGAGCAAUAUGCCAAGGAGGUUCUUGACUUCAGCUCUCACUAUGGCAGUGAGAACAGCAUGUCCUACACCAUGUGGAACCUUGCCGGGGUACCCAACGUCUACCCCAGCUCUGGGGACUUCACUCAGACGGCUGUGUUUAGGGCUUAUGGGAAAUGGUGGGAACAAUGUGCCAGUGCCCCGCCACCUUUCCGCCGCACUCCUAAGGGCUUUUACAGCCAGGAUUACAUUGAGCUGGGCUUUGAAGAGCCAGUCUACCCGACAGCAGUGGAGGUGCUUGAGACCUAUUACCCUGGAGCCAUCGUCCAGAUUCUGGCCUGCUCUCACAACCCCUUCUCCCAGAACCCACCAACAGAUGUCAGAUGGGAAGUACUGUGGUCCGGGGAGCCCACCAAGGUGCUGACACCCCAGGCCCGCCAGUUUUUGCCUAACAUCAAGCACAUCAACUUCCCCACCAACCUGCUACGCCUGGAGGUCAACAGCUCACUGCUGGACUAUUACACCGAGCUGGAUGCUGUUAUCCUGCGGGGGGUGAAAGAGAGACCCAUGCUGGCUCUCUAUAAGAUGCCUGUUAUUGACAUCAGUGACCUGAGUGACAGCGAGGAGGAGCUGUCUGAUGUUGGAGGACCAUUCAGACAGGGAGGAGACAGCAAGCACCAGAGGACAGGGAAUGGAUACUUCGACAAACUGCCAUAUGAGCUCAUCCAGCUGAUACUGAGCCACCUGACCCUGCCAGACCUCUGCCGUCUGGCCCAGAGCUGUAAGCUGCUGCACCAGCACUGCUGCGACCCACUGCAGUACACCCAGCUGAGUCUGCAGCCAUACUGGGGCCGGCUGAGUGACGCCUCCUUGGGACACCUGCAGAGUCGCUGCACCCUCCUCCAGAGGCUCAACCUGUCCUGGACCGGCAACCGCGGUGCUCUCACCCUGACCGGCUUCAGUAGUUUCAUGAAGGCCUGUGGUCUCAGCCUGGUCUGUCUGGAGUUGUCAUGCUGCCACUUCCUCAAUGAGGCCUGUCUGGAGGUCAUCUCACAGACAUGUCCCGGGCUGCAGGAGCUCAACCUGUCCUCCUGUGACCGCCUCCAUCCGCAAGCCUUCACACACAUCUCAAAACUAACACGCCUCCGCAGGCUGGUACUCUACAGGACCAAGAUAGAGCAAACAGCUAUUCUGAGUAUCCUGACUUUCUGCAUCGAGCUGAGACACCUCAACCUAGGAAGCUGUGUGAGGAUCGAAGACUAUGACGUUGUGGCCAGUAUGCUGGCUGCUCGCUGUCGCUCACUCUGCUCCCUGGACCUGUGGCGCUGCAGAAACCUGACUGACCGAGGGCUUUCUGAGCUCGUCAAUGGCUGCAGGAUGCUGGAGGAGUUGGACCUGGGCUGGUGUCCCACACUGCAGAGCAGCACCGGAUGUUUCCAGCAUCUUGCCCGCAGCCUGCCCCGCUUGCGUAAACUCUUCCUCACUGCAAACCGGACCGUCUGCGACUCAGACAUAGAUGAGCUGGCUGCUAGCUGCCCCUUACUUCAGCACUUAGAUAUCCUGGGUACAAGGUUAGUGAGUCCUGCUUCACUGAAGAAACUCCUCCAGUCUUGCCCAAAACUUCUCCUCCUGGACGUCUCCUUCUGCUCUCAGAUAGACAUGCGGGUCGUCCAAGAGCUCUCAGGUCUCUUCCCAAAUGUGGCCAUCAAGAAGAGCUUCACUCAGUGAGAGAAAGGAAGAGGAGGAAAGUGCUUGCCAGCAAACACUGCCCAAAAGUGAGUUAGAGGCAGGUCAGAUGCUGUUGGAGAUAUCUGACCUGCCUGCGUCUGUAUCGCUGAAAAGAUCUUCUUUUAGUGGUCAGAAAAUAAAGCAGCUGCACUGUGAAGAAGGAUGAAGUGUCUAAGCACAGACAAUUACAGACUCCAGACCACAGGAUUAUAAAACAUCAGACCUUGUAGUUGUACUUUUGGACAUUAUGAAAUCAGGGUUGUGGCAGUAAAGCUUCUACAUCACAGAUUCUACAUCACCUCUUACUUACAAGCAACACAAGGCUUGAAAUGCUGCCUUAGUACUGGAUGCAAACACAAAAAAAGGCAGCAUUUUUGUGAGCAAUCGAGCCUUGAACAUCCUGAAGAAGACUAAGAAAAGAGAUAAAGAAGUAUGAAACACACCCAUACUGGAAACUGUGGGAAAACUACUUUAGAAUGAGGACUGCACACACUCGUGUUAACUGAUAACAUGAUUUAAGAUCAGGGCCUAAGACAGUGCCUUGUCAGAAUGUGCAUCAAUCAUAGACUGUUUGAAUGCAUGAGCAGCAUUCUGAAGGCAUCUGUCAGCAACAGGACAGCUUGAUUUAAAUGAAUCAUACACAUCAUGUUGUAUUUGAAGGUAACUGGAGCUUUAAGGGUGAAAACAAAGAAGUGAACACAGCCUUAUUAAAUACUGUGUAAUAUGGAAUGUGUCAGGUCUAACCUGCAAACAAAUCUCACGAGCUACGUCAUGUUGCUACAAAUUGUGAGAAGAAUCAUUCACGGGAUUCUCAUGUUUGAAAGAAACACAUCAUCAACUGUCCUCGCGCCUAAGAUUCACAGAAAACAUGUUUUCAUCAAAAAGCUUACAGAAUGUGAGAAAUUGUGAAAAAGCAGACUGGAGCGACAUUUGUUUUAGUUAACACAUGUGCUGAAAAUGCAGAAGUAGAGAAAACAUCCAAGGUAUCACAUCAACAUGUGAAGAACUGAUACAUUACAACAAACACGCCAAGAAGUAACUAAGUAGUAGCCGCUGGUGUUGAUAAAAUGAAGCCAAUGUGGAAGUGCAAAAAAACUGCAGUUCCUCAAGUGUCCCCUAGGGGCAGGCUGCAGAAGUACAGGAACUCACACACACACCCCAUGUUAAAAUGCUGAUUUUUACUGUAGAAGGAGGGAAGAGUUCACAUCUUUACAGGCACACUGUAUUUCAUGAAGGAUAUGAGUUAUGCAUAACUAGGGCAUGCCUGUUUUUACUGCAAGUGAGUGCAUUGUAACUGUUUGUCAGCAGGCAUAAGGCCCACCGAAACUCCACCUCUCUGUUUCUGGGUUUGCUGAAAAUACUUUGAGACUGUGUGUUUUAUUUAGUGACUGCCAUGGGCUGGCCACUGGAGACGGCUUCAGCAACAAAAUGUUAUGUCCACUACUUUAUGCAGUCUAUGGAAGUAACACAAUGACACAGUCCUACAGAAUGAUUGAACACCUAAGAACUCAUAGCAUUAAAGAAGUUAAACCACUAAUGUUGGGAUGGCACAAAACAGAACAAAAGUCUCUAACUGAUUGUAACUGUGCUCCUUUUUUGGCUCCACCACAUUCAGCAAAUAUGUUUAUUUAAUUUUGGUGUUUAAGUUUGAAAAGCACAGACAAAACAUAGUCUUAAGUAUGGUGCAUAUGAUAAAACAAACUGAACUUGAGGCUUUUAUUGUAUUGAAUAUAUCUUACGUGCCAGAUGAAGGGGAACGUCUGCUUCAGUGAAUAUCAGACAGUGUGUUUCAACAGAAAAUGUAAUGUUAGACUUUUCUGCUGCUUUUCCCAGUUCAAGUAAGGCUUAAAUUUGGGUCAGGUUUUAAAUUAAGCCACGCCAACAUUGAUGGAAUUAGAGCAAUGACUUUUUUUUUUGAUUUUUCAAGAAGAGUCUGGCUGCAGACUGCAGACCCCUUACAGCCCACUGCAGUGAGAUGUUACAUCUGUCAGAACAAAUGGGACAUAAUUUGCUGGUAAAACAUUUUUUUUCUUUUCAAUUUAAAUAACCUCACUGCAAAAAUUUACAUUGCAAAAAUUACAGAUGAAACAUUUCAUAAGUCAAACAGAAAAAAGGUCAGACGUCUAAUGCGGGAUUAUUCAUGUAUAGACCUGUUUUGGAAGUGGUUGGUGGCUUGCUUUAUCUCUGUUUGCCUUAGCUUAGGCUAACAUACAGUGCUUAAAAAAAUUAUUAGACCAUCCUAACCCUAACCAAAGUAAGGUUUAUGCCACAGC